ACACUCGCUCUAAUUUUUUUUUUUUUGGGAGCUGCCUCGUCCUGCACCGCCGACCAUAGUUGUGUGUGUUUUUUGGUGCCGUCUCCAUACAGUGCGGCGGCGGAGGGGUGGAAAGGUAAUGUAAUGUAAUGUACCUUGCCGUGGUCACUGACGGGUUCACGCCAGUUCACCGGGUUCACUUGAGGAGAGCUCCCCACCCCCUGCUCGACUCUUCUUCUUCUUCUUCUGCUCCAAAAACGCAAACGAUCGGAGCUAAUCCAAUAUUAUCCAUUGAUAUAUAUUGUCGGAUUCCAGUUUUACCACCGACUGUUGAGGUUCCCUGGGAGCUCUUCAACUCGUCCAUGUGACACAAGUCCUGACGUGGCAGAGGGCAUGAAGCAACACUGUGACAUCAUAGUGGCUGGUCCAUGACACUAAACUCCAUUCAACCCUCUCCACUCUCCACCCGCCCUCUGUUCUCAUCACACCCAACAAGCAAUCACUCGCUCCCCAUAUCUCUACACGACGCCGCACAAUGGCCAGCAAGAGGAAAUCCACCGUACCCUGCAUGAUACCAUCCAAAUCCAAACAUGUGCGUGAGGAAAUCAUUCUGGGCUCGCUGCCAGAACUCCUACCGACAAUCCCAGAGGACAGCAUACUCAGCAUCUCCGGAGAAGAGUCUGGCCAUUUCUCUCACGGCUCCUCUCAAUCCGAUGGUGGUGGCGAGCUUCAGAAAGGAGGAGCAUACAGCUGCCCAAAGUGCCGUUUCGAGUCCAGAGAUCUAAACUACUUUUUGGAUCACAUGCACAAUUGCCACUUAGACUUCAGGGCACAGCCCACUUUCUACUGCCUGAACUGUGGGGUGUCAGUUGUCCGCUUUGAGGCUCUGGCUCUGCAUAACGCUACUGCCCACCCCAAGAUAAUGGAGGGGUUGGUCACUGCCUCCCUCACUGUCAACAAGAGGGAUGGAGUAACAACAGUGGAGCAAAGCCUCUUCACGGACAACGGAGAGGUCGACAAAGAAUCCGGGAUCUCCCUCACCAAAACCACCAUUGCAAAGAUGAUGAAAGCCAAGGGGGAACACAAAAAGAUUGUGGUUUCCCACACCGUGGAGGUACGGAAGAUAGACACUGGAAAGGAAGUCGACCCCAGCAUGCUGACAAAUGUGCCUGAACUCCAAAACGGGGCUCUCAGUCUUUCUGGCGCCCCGGCUAUGCCGAGGACCACUGUCGCUCACGUGACGACGACGACAGUGUCCGACCAAGUCUUUCACCAGCACACUCCCUCCCUUUACGCCCUGCCUUCUUCUGGUUCCAAUAAAGACCUUCCAAAGGUGAUGAUUCCUCUCAGCAGCAUCCCCACCUACGAUGCCGCCAUGGACACCAGCAGCUUUCUCAAGACCUCCUUCGGCAAGUUCCCCUACCCGACCAAAGCGGAGCUCUGCUACCUCACGGUGGUCUCAGAGUUCCCGGAAGAGCAGAUCAAACUGUGGUUCACUGCCCAGAGGCUCAAGCAGGGCAUCAGCUGGUCUCCGGAAGAGAUCGAGGAGGCCAGGAGGAAGAUGUUCAACACGGUGUUCCAGGGCGGAGCGCCCCAGAAGCAACCUGCUGCGCAGCGGCACGUCAAUCACAUCGUGACCCACCACACCGUCCACGCCGGCUCCAGAGGACCAACCUUUCCGAUGGCCAAAGCUCCCUUCGGCGCAAUGAGACCCGGGGGGAUCGCGACCGCGCAGGCCAGCAUGUCGACGAACCCGAACGUCACCCGGAUUUCGUACUCGACUCCAAUCGUGGCCCCAAAGUUUCCAUCCGUGGUCAGAACAGCACAGGCACUGACCAAGAAUACUCGACCCACCGCCGAGCCGGACAAGAGCAACGGCCUCGGCCCGGACAUGGCCGGAAGCAGCGGUUGCGUCAGUAGCACCAGCAGCAGUCGAAGCAGCAGUAGCAGCAGUAGUUGCAGUAGCAGCAGCAGCAUCAGCAGCUAUUCCAGCAGCAGUAACGGUGGCGGCGAGACGGCGGCCACCAGGAAGCGGGUCCAUACCAGCAGCCCGACCAACAGAAUCAACAGCAUCGCCACUUGCCUGACCAACACGAGCAAUAACGGCGAGCACUGUGCCGCCAACGCCAACAGGAAACCAAACGCCCAGAGCAACCGUCUCCCGACUGGACCGGACGCUUCAAACGGCACCAAGAGUCACGUGAUCGUUGAUAACACCAGCAAAUCAAACUUCACCUUUAACAAUCAUAGCAGCGGCGCCACCAGUCCACAAGAGCCGGGCCACGCCGCGAAGCCCGGCGACGAACGCGCCAACAAUAUCCACAAGAACAACAACAGCAACAGCAGUAUUAGCAAUGACUACCCAAGUACAAUCUGUAAUGACAAUGUCCCCAACCUGAACCACACCAGCAAAUCCCCAACCGAAAGCACCAGCACUACUGUCAUUGCAAAAGGCAGCUCGUCUAUCUUAGACGAGGGUCAAUGCAACCAGGACUUUCCCAUCAAAGGUAUGUCCAUCUUACAGCAACUCAUCAAGGACGAGGACCCGUUUGCUGGGGACAGAAGCGGCCCGGAGAUGAAAAUGGACCCCGUCAAGAUGAACUUCAAGAGGGCGAAGCUGAGCGAUCAAGACACCACGCGCGAGAUCGUCCAUCCCGAUAAUAAGCCCGAGAAAGCCGAGGCGUCGACGCCUCAGCCGUCUUUCUCGCCCCCCUGGGCCAACAAGACCCCCCAGCAGCUGCACACCCUGCGGCAGGUUUUCUACAACACCCGCUGGCCCAGCAGCCAGCAGUACGAGGACCUGAGCGCCCAGACGGGUCUCGCCAAGUCAGAGGUGGUGCGCUGGUUCAGCGACAGCCGGUACGGUCACAAGAACGGGCACCUGAAGUGGCUGGACGCCUACCAACGAGCGCCCGCCGGAGCGGAGGACGCGAAGAGCCCCGGAGACGCCGGAGCCGAGUCCCCGAAGAACUCUCCGGUGGCCAAAAAGAAACUCGUCGACAAGCUCCUUGAAGGAGCCGCGGGGCUGAACUCGGGGCAGCGGGUCGUGUGGCAGGAUUCAUACUCGCCGCUGCCGGGCCUGAUGGGGUCCGAGGGGAUCGGUGAGCGAGGCCGAGCCGAGGAGUCUGUGCAGCCGGGAGUCCUGCAGGGUCCUUGGUCCGAGAGCGCAGAGGACCACCACCACCACCACCACCAGCAGCACCACCACCAGCAGCAGCCAGUGGCCAGUCAGUCACUCAUUGAACAGGCUGAUGCCAAUCAGGCCAGGUACUUCAGCCAAAAUGCUCAAAUUACAAAGUGUGAUCGAAGCCCCCUGAAGUAAGAUGCUCCCCUCAUCACAGUGCCUCGUGAUAAUUUACACGCCGAGCGAUAUUUAACAAUCAAGACCCACGAAGUCAGGCGUCGUGAUGAAAGCAUGACAGCUUGUUGACGUACGGUAAACAAGGAGGCAGGAGGAGUGUGUACAGGUGCUCAUGCUGAGGAGCUUAUUCAGGCAAUCAAAGGUCUGUGUUUAAGAAGCUAUAUUUAGAUAAGUCGAAGUCUGGGCCAUUGAAUUAUAGAUUGAGAGCGCAUGCUAAUAAAUCAUGACGAUUGUCUUCGGUGAGAUGGAUUUCCGAGAGGCGAGUUCACCGGUACACGGCAUCUUUUUACACGGCUCCAUCCCCCCAAGAAGUGCCUCGCGUGUGCAGCGGUGACACCGAUACGAGAGGAUCUUCUCAUGCCACCGCCUCACGACUUGUGCAUGUUGCGUUUGCGUGUUUCUGUGUGUGUGUUGCUGACAGGGAUCGCCUGAGGAUGGAGCUGCGAUGAAGACGAAGAAGAAGAAGAAGAAGCAGGCCCCCAAUCCGACCGGAGGAAAAUUACAUUUAAAGGCUGGUUUGCUCCCCUGGCCGUGAUCUGAAAAUAAAUUAAAAUGAAAAAGAGUGUGUUCAUAAUGACAGCAGAUGUGAUUGUAGCUGGACCGUUGAACUCUGACUGUAACUGUGAAUACCCCCCCCCCCCAACCCCGCCCCUCCUCCUCCUUCUCUUCCAUCACUUCCUGCCAUCAUCAAAAAAAAGAAAGAACUUCUCACCUUUUUGAGUCCUGUGAUGUUUAAAAGCCUUUCAUGCUUCUUUUGUGGUUGUGUGGGGAGGGUGCACAAUGAGGUCAGUACGAGGGAUCAAAGAAAAGAACGAGAGAAGACGCACACUGACUGGAAAACUGACUUGAAUGAGGGAAGAUCGGAUAGAAUAGAGCCGGGAGAUAUUGUCGUUGGGUCAGAGGGAGACAAAUAUAUAUAUGAUUCAAACUGCACUAAAGAGGGUUUGUACCAACUGGACAAACAAACGAUGUGUCAAGGAAAUGUUGUCGUUGGCUUUGUGAUAUUUUUUACUUUUUUAGCAACCAGUACUUCAGCACUGCCUUGAAUUUGACUUUUUCCGUUAUUUGUUUUUUUUCUUUCUCAAUUCUAUUUACUCUUCUAUAGUCACUGUAAGUCCAGAUGCAAUCAAACAUGGUUUAUUUAGAUCUGUAUAAAUGUUGGUGAUCACUUUGCAGUUCAGCUACACGCGAGAGACUAUAUACACACACACACACACAAUGCACUAAUGAAGACAGCAAUGCUCCACAAAAUAAUCACUGCCCCACAGCAAAAGUAUUGCUCGCUCCGUCGGGAUCAAUACACUGCCCUGGACAGAGAAGCCUGCCACGCUAACGUUGCCUUACUCCGCUCUGCCCGUGUGUUUUUAUGAACCGCCUGUCAAUCACCUUGCUUUCCAGCUACUGUGCUGUCCUAAAAAUAAAAAAAUAUGUAAAAAGGGAAAAAAAGUACAUGCCAGUGCAUCAAUGGUCACUGUUCGUCUAUAUCUGUGAGAGAAAAAAAAAUUUUUUUAUCUUGUGCUGCUUUCUGUACACUUGGAGAUGUUUAACUUUAAGCUGUAAUUGUAUCAAAUAUUGUUUCUGGCACAUGUUUAAAAAGCAAAAUUAUCAAAUUUGAUCCCAAGACACUGACAGAGUGAGAUGUUGUGCUUAGCUAGAGAGCCAAAUGAGGAGAUCUUUGCCCUCCUCUGAAUUUUCUUGUGUUUAUAUAAAAGAUACGGUCACUACAUGAAUCCUAUUAAGCUGCAUCUUUGUCGAGCUGCUAAGAUCUAAGAACGGUGCUAUACCUUCCAAAGUGAAAUUGGAGGUCGAUCUCCUACCAGCAGUGUAUGCACUUGUGUCGAAUGUUACAAAUUAUUUUGGGUUCGAGACAAAUGGAAUCUGGACUUACGGUGUUAUGAUCGCUUUUAAAAAAAAAUUUAAGAAAAAAAAUCUUUUAUGAAAUGGUGUGAUCAUAAAGCACUGUUGUAUCAUCCUUUCUACACUUCUGAAUCUUUACAGAAUAAACUGAAUACUCACCAAGCA